UCAAACGGCCAAUAUAACCUAUAAAUUGGGUCAUUCAUAAAAAAACAACUCGGUUAAAGUCGAAAAACUAGGUCGUAGAUCUGUAGAUUUGGCGAAAGUAGCUUGUGAAUGUUAUUGGUACCCUAAUUUAAUAUCUAAUACUGUACAGAAUGAUUUUCAGAAAACUUCCUCUAAGGUUGUACACGCAAACCUGCAAAGCUUACUAUGUCACAAAGGCACCCAAGCCUGAGAUCCCUAAGAACCCAAUGACCGAGGUGUACUCUGCUUCGGCGCAGAAGAGUAAUGGCAUUGUUUACGAUAGGAAGCCGUUUAAGGUUACGCUGCAGGAAGGCAAGACGUACCACUGGUGCCUCUGCGGGCGCUCCAAGUCGCAGCCGCUGUGCGACGGCACCCACAAGGACGUGUACCUGAAGAUCACACAAAGACCAAUAAGGUUCACAGUUGAGAAGACGAAAGACUACUGGCUAUGCAACUGCAAGCAGACCAAGAACCGGCCGUUCUGUGACGGCACCCACAAGUCCAAAGAAGUACAGGAGGCACACAUUAAAGUUUAGAUGGAGACAGUUCAUUAGUCUGUCAAACCAUUUUCGUCAGUAAUAAAAUCUGCUAAAUUAAAAAUGUAGGAGCAAAGGGUAAUUGUUCCAUAGAUAAUAUGAAUUUUGCGCUUUUUUGUACUAACAAAGUUGUUUGACAGAAUAUAGUUAGUCAGUAUCAGACAUUAAGAAUGACGCAUUGGGGUAAAAUUGAUAAGUAAUUUUUACUAAGUAUACAAGAAUCACUUUGUCUUUAUAUAGUCUAUCCACGCUAACAUUGCAUCAACUUGAACAGAACAAAGUGAGGAAAAGUCAUUAUUAAUGUCAUAUUUUCAUAGAAAUUUGAUAUAAAUAAUGAGUAAUGACAUCACCACACUUUGUCUUUGCAAAUGCUAUGCAGUUAACUUAUUGGUACAACUAUUAUAAUGUCACUGAGGUCACAGUGAGCCAGUAUUUUUCAACCUGUGCAACCCCCUCAAAGGUAGUAAAACCUCUAUAAGUAGAAGUACUAAUAACUUUAUUAUACAACAAAUACGCAUGUUCCCGAGAAAAUAGGAAGGAAGACAACUAUGCACUACAUCUGUACUUAACUAAAUCACGCUUGAUUGGAAAGCCAGAGCUUCCUGAAAUUGGCAUUGAGUUACACAACAAACUGGGACUGUUUGAGUGACACAGCUUGUAAGGACUAAAUAAAUAAAAAUAAACAAGUGCGAGUCGGACUCGCGCACGAAGGGUUCCGUACCAUAAUGCAAAAAAAAAAACAAAAAAAAAGCAAAAAAUAAACCGGUCACCCAUCCAAGUACUGACCACUCCCGACGUUGCUUAACUUUGGUCAAAAAUCACGUUUGUUGUAUGGGAGCCCCAUUUAAAUCUUUAUUUUAUUCUGUUUUUAGUAUUUGUUGUUAUAGCGGCAACAGAAAUACAUCAUCUGUGAAAAUUUCAACUGUCUAGCUAUCACGGUUCGUGAGAUACAGCCUGGUGACAGACGGACGGACGGACGGACGGACGGACGGACAGCGAAGUCUUAGUAAUAGGGUCCCGUUUUACCCUUUGGGUACGGAACCCUAAAAACAAUACAGGUUACAAACAAAAGAAGGUAGGCGUUGGGAAAACGUUUUCCAUACAAAGGGAGGUUGUGAAAUGUUUUCUUAACAAGGGUGUUGUAACCAAGAGAAGGUUGAAAGGCAAGCCUUACAGAAACAAUUUCAUUUCACUUAUUAUAGAGGAUUGAACAAUGAACAGUCGCCGUCAGAUAUAUGGGAGCGGCCAAGGUGUUCACAAAUAUCUGAACACGGAUCUUGUCAAAGCAUGAAAGCCAUGAUAUUUAUGAGCACCUCUGCCGCUCCCAUAUAUCCUAUGGUGACUAAUCAAUGAUAAAAUAAAUAAAUUGGACAUCAUCAUUCAGACCAUUCUAGAACUCACUAUGAACAAAACACCAAAUUUAAACCAAUGUAUCAGAUUACUUGGAGUUUUUAGACUGAAAAAUAGUAAGAAGGAAUAUUGUGUAAUUUUUUUCUCAUACUUUAUCUUUAUACCGGGUGUGGCCUGUAACACGAGCAAAUAAUUAAAACAUAGAUUAUACUCCUCAAACGGUGACACUUUUGUUCAACAACUUUAAUAAAAUAUGAAGUAUUUAGACUCCCUAUUUUUCAUACAAAAUAAAUAUUAUUUUCAAUGGACGCCAUCGCCACGCCAUAUGAUUGUGAAUGACGUUGCUUGUCACGCCUUAAACAUAACAAAAUUCGCAAUACAUUGCGUCUUAGAAUAAACUUUAAAGUGUAUUAAAAAUCAAACCACAAGUUAUUUUUAAAAUUUGCUGAACAAGUGUUGGUCAGCAUGCAGAAUACGGCCUACAGUUUAAUUUUUUGCUCAUAUUACAGGCCACACCCGGUAUACCAUCAACUCAUUGUCAUUUAGCUGUUUAAGCAUCCCUGCUUCUGUUGUAGAUAUGUAGUUAGAUUAUUAAUAUAAAGUUAUAGUCAAUAAAUCUAUUUGAUCA